AAUGCUGUCGACUUUCUAACAGGAGGUCAGUUCCAGUAACACUGGCCAUACUGACCUUUGGGAAACUUGUGUCUUGUUCAGUGCCUUGUCUUUCUUUACUGGUUUAUCAGGAUGGCUGGUUUUCGCGCUGCUUUCCUCGUGUUGAUCAUGUGCAUCGGUUCGCGUCCCACCGCCACCGCCGCCAGCAACAAUGAGCCGAGCCAAAGCGCCGCAGCCGGUUCGUAUCGUAUCGUGGAUUCUGAGGAAGACUGCAAGGAUGGUGUGAUCGAGUACCUGCCCCUGGGUGAUGGCGAGCGAAUGAUCGUGUGCGGGAAGAACGGUCUCGGCCAGUCGAACCAUGCGGUCGAGUAUGUAAGUAAAGAGGACGGUGCUGCCACUGCAACCACACCCCAGUACGGCGUUGGCAAUCACAUCAUCCGUGAGCAUGAGGCGACGAUGCCACCAACCCCAGGCCCAACGACGACCGUGCCCACCACACAGAUAAUGACGACAACCUUUAGAGAACCAACGUUUAUCCCACCAACAACCCGCGCAGUUAACGAUCCUAAUGGUCAACCGGGCGUUCCUGUAAAGGCACCAGCCAAAACUCCUCCUAUUCCAACCACUGCUACUGGCACUGCAGGUUCGUAUCGUAUCGUGGAUUCUGAGGAAGACUGCAAGGAUGGUGUGAUCGAGUACCUGCCCCUGGGUGAUGGCGAGCGAAUGAUCGUGUGCGGGAAGAACGGUCUCGGCCAGUCGAACCAUGCGGUCGAGUAUGUAAGUAAAGAGGACGGUGCUGCCACUGCAACCACACCCCAGUACGGCGUUGGCAAUCACAUCAUCCGUGAGCAUGAGGCGACGAUGCCACCAACCCCAGGCCCAACGACGACCGUGCCCACCACACAGAUAAUGACGACAACCUUUAGAGAACCAACGUUUAUCCCACCAACAACCCGCGCAGUUAACGAUCCUAAUGGUCAACCGGGCGUUCCUGUAAAGGCACCAGCCAAAACUCCUCCUAUUCCAACCACUGCUACUGGCACUGCAGCCACCAUCACACCGUCCAUACCACCCUACCAAACAGCGCAGUUUAAACAAAAGGGGGCUCCUACAAAAGUAAUCCAUGUGGUCGCAACAGGGUGUGCAAAGACUUGUGGAUGGGAGGUUCUUUUCAGACUUAUAGUCAUCAACGGCUGCUUUUGCCAGGAUACAAGAGAGAUGACCGAGUUCUAUAGACACUCGCUUUUGCGCGACCUCCUGAUUGUCUCGAGCAAAGAUCCGAAAGUCGCCAAGACAGCAGCCUGCUACACGCGCAAGCAUUACUGUAUGGCGGUAUAUGCAUUUCUAGGUUCUCACUGCGCAGCGUCACUGCUUCCUAGGGUAUUUGCCGGGGGAGUUAAAUAUGGCCGCAAGCGACGCAGCACGCCGCAGGGAUACUCACCAGAGCAGAUGCAUGGGGUACUGCAUGACUCUGGACUCCCAUCACACGUACUGGACAACACCACGCUUAUACAGGAGGUCAGCAAGGCGGCAGCCCACUUGCAUUCUCAUGUUUUCGACGGCGAGCCCCUCAAAUUCCCGUUGGAUAUCUUCGACCAGAUCCUUAACAGCAACCACUCAAAUCCUGAAGCCAGCACGGGACACUGCCAAGUAGGGCGAGUGCGCCGCACGCUCACGGCUGUUCCUCGAGCUGCUGGCCAUAGAAGCUUCAAGAUGUCGUGGCGAAUUGGAGGUGCCAAAUUCACCGACAAGGAGCAGAAACAACUCUGGAAAUACAUCCAGACCAUUUGCUGCAAAGUUAAGCCGUAUUGCUCCGCGCUUUGGCUGCGGCAGAAGUGGUGUAAUGUAGAACUAGAAAUUCUCAGAAUAAUCCGUUGGAUAAAGGUCUAGCUGAAUAUACUGUCAACAACUACUCUUCUGAACAAACGGCGAGGAGACAACAAUUUGAUAACCGCAAUCAGUAAUACAAGCUGGAUCGACAUUUGUGUACACUGUAUUCAUGUAUUGUAAAACUGUGGAGACA